AUGGCGAGCGCGCCGCCGUCGAAGAAGGCCGCGAACCGGCUGGUGGUGGAGGAGGCGACCCACGAUGACAACUCCAUGUGCAGCCUCCACCCGGCCACCAUGGAGAGGCUCUGCAUAUUCCGCGGCGACUUGGUGCUGCUCAAGGGCAAGCGCCGCCGCAGCACGCUCUGCAUCGCCUUCACCGACGACACCUGCGAGGAGCACAAGAUGAAGAUCAACAAGGUGGUUCGAUCCAACCUGCGCGUCCGCAUCGCCGACGUCGUGUCCGUGCACCUGUGCCACGACGCCAAGUACGGGAGGCGGGUGCACAUCCUCCCGGUGGACGACACCAUCGAGGGCGUCACCGGCAACCUGUUCGACUCCUAUCUCAAGCCCUACUUUGCGGACGCAUACCGCCCGGUCCGCAAGGGCGACCUCUUCCUAGUGCGCGGCGGCAUGCGGAGCGUCGAGUUCAAGGUCGUGGAGAUCGAUCCGGCCGACGAGUACUGCAUUGUGGCGGCUGACACAGAGAUCUUCUGCGACGGCGAGCCGAUCAAGAGGGAAGACGAGGAGAGGCUCGAUGACGUCGGCUAUGAUGACGUGGGCGGCAUGCGCAAGCAGCUCACCCAAAUCAGGGAGCUGGUUGAGCUGCCGCUCAGGCACCCGCAGCUCUUCAAGUCCAUCGGCGUCAAGCCGCCCAAGGGCAUCCUCCUGUACGGCCCUCCCGGCUCUGGCAAGACGCUCAUCGCCCGUGCCGUGGCCAACGAGACUGGGGCCUUCUUCUUCUGCAUCAACGGUCCAGAGAUCAUGUCUAAGAUGGCCGGAGAGAGCGAGAGCAAUUUGAGGAAGGCCUUCGAGGAAGCCGAGAAGAACGCGCCCUCCAUCAUCUUCAUCGACGAGAUUGACUCCAUCGCUCCCAACAGGGAGAAGACCCACGGCGAGGUCGAGAGGCGCAUCGUGUCCCAGCUUCUGACUUUGAUGGACGGCAUGAAGGCUCGGGCGCACGUCAUCGUUAUGGGUGCCACGAACCGUCCCAACAGCAUCGACCCUGCCCUAAGGCGCUUUGGGAGGUUCGAUCGUGAGAUCGACAUUGGAGUGCCGGACGAGGUCGGGCGCCUCGAAGUGUUGCGCGUCCAUACCAAGAACAUGAAGCUGGACGUGGACGUCAACCUGGAGGUGGUUGCCAAGGAUACGCAUGGCUACGUUGGCGCUGACUUGGCCGCGCUCUGCACAGAGGCAGCACUACAAUGCAUCAGGGAGAAGAUGGACGUGAUUGACCUCGACGACGAAACCAUCGAUGCCGAGAUCUUGAACUCCAUGGCCGUCACCAAUGACCACCUUAAAACGGCCCUCGUCGGUACGAAUCCUUCUGCGCUUCGCGAGACCGUUGUGGAGGUGCCCAACGUCAGCUGGAACGACAUCGGCGGCCUGGACGGCGUGAAGAGAGAGCUGCAAGAGACCGUCCAGUACCCGGUGGAGCAUCCAGAGAAAUUUGAGAAGUUCGGCAUGUCGCCCUCCAAGGGCGUCCUCUUCUACGGGCCACCGGGAUGCGGCAAGACCUUGCUCGCGAAGGCGAUCGCCAACGAAUGCCAGGCCAACUUUAUCAGCAUCAAGGGACCCGAGCUGCUCACGAUGUGGUUCGGCGAGAGCGAGGCCAAUGUGCGGGAGAUCUUUGACAAGGCGCGCCAAUCUGCACCGUGCGUUCUCUUCUUCGACGAGCUUGACUCCAUCGCGACCCAGAGGGGAGGGAGUGUGGGCGACGCCGGCGGUGCAGCGGACAGGGUCCUGAACCAGCUCCUCACCGAGAUGGACGGCAUGAACGCGAAGAAGACGGUGUUCAUCAUAGGCGCCACCAACAGGCCGGACAUCAUCGACUCGGCGCUGCUCCGGCCUGGCCGCCUGGACCAGCUCAUCUACAUCCCCUUGCCGGACGAGGCCUCUCGGCACCAAAUCUUCAAGGCCUGUCUGAGGAAGUCUCCUGUGGCCAAGGACGUCGACCUCGGCGCACUUGCAAGGUUCACGGCGGGCUUCAGCGGCGCCGACAUCACGGAGAUCUGCCAGAGGGCGUGCAAGUACGCCAUCAGGGAGGACAUCGAAAAAGACAUGGAGAAGCAGAGACUGGGAAAAGAUAGCAUGGAGGUGGAAGUAGAGGAGGUGGCUGAGAUCAAGGCGGCUCACUUCGAGGAGUCGAUGAAGUACGCGAGGAGGAGCGUGAGCGAUGGCGACAUCAGGAAGUACCAGGCCUUUGCUCAGACGUUGCAGCAGUCGAGAGGUUUCGGCACCGAGUUCCGUUUCCCGAUGCAGCCCCAGGCGGCAGAAGCUGCUGCCAAUAUCUCAGCGGCAGCUGAUGAAGACGAUCUUUACAAUUGA